AUGGCCUUCACAAAUGUCAUAUGGGUACAAAUUGGAUUUAUAAUGGUCCUCUGUGUCCGCCUCCUCAUCAUCGCAUCAGAGCAAUCCAUCAAGCACAAGACAGUCACCGCGCGAGAGGAUCUCAAUUUACCCCAGAUUCUACAAGACUCCAUCCUGCGUGCGCAGAGCCUUGCCUUGCCAGGUGCGGAGAACCGGAAAGAUAGAGAUUUCUUUCUUCAUACUAUUCACCGGCUGGAAGGGAUUCAGACGUGGUAUCAAAGUCUAUUUGAGACGGAGCCUGGCUGUAGUGGACCGAUAACUUCAGCGCUAAGCAGUGGUGUAAACAUGGGAAGUUUUGAUUAUGGGGUUACUUCUUCUGCUGAAGCUUCCAAUGACGGGACUGCGCUAACCAACGCCGGAGACGUUCUGGAAUGGUCCCUUCCCAAUGACUUUAGUGUGAUGAGUCUAGAUGGAUGA